AUCAAUUAGUAAACACUGACAAUAGAUUUAUAAUGUGUCACAAGCAAAACAGCUAGCAGCGAUUAUAUUUUGAAUUGAGAUCAUUACAGGUUUUAUUGAUUUUCAUUGAUUUUCAAGAGGGCCUACUCAUUUGAGCAAGGUUACCCAUUACCAUUUUAAAAAUUGUUUAUCAAUUUUAGUUCAGACUCUGUUGAACUACUGCCACGUUAGCAUCAUCUUUCAGAUACUAGAAACUACUGUAAUUUAAUUAAAUCCGGUUAAUGACAAUUUGUUACAAAACAUGAAUGUUCCAAGGUCGGAAGAAUCGACGCGGCUAAUACAGUGUCAAAUAUGUCAAGAUUUUUAUACAUUGCCUAAACUUUUGAAUUGUUUGCAUAGCUUCUGUGAAGGAUGCUUGCAAGUAACUGACCAAAAUAAAAUAAUUUGUUCUAUUUGUAAACAAUGCACGCCUGUAAUUAAUGGAAUCAGUGGUCUGAAAACGAAUCAGUUUCUGGUGAAGUUGACUGGAAAUGCUGCAAGCCUCAGAAAAUCAGUUUUGACUGACCAACCUAUUGUUUGCACUAGCUGUGACGAUGAAGAAGCCUCCUUUCGUUGUAACGAGUGUGAUGACUUCUUAUGUGAUGGAUGCAGAGAGGCACAUUCUCGGGUUCGGGUCACUCGUAAUCAUAAAAUUUUAAGCAUUUGCGACAUCCGAAAUGGUCAGUAUGAUGUGGAACUUGUCACAAGAAUGGGGUCAGAAGAGUGUCCUCGUCAUGACGGCGAAUCUCUCCGAUUUUUUUGCAAGACGUGUGAUUACUUAAUUUGUCGUGACUGUCUCUUGUGUGAUAACCAUCUAAAAGGAAAUCACGAGUGUGUUUGUGUAAAAGAAGUGGUCAACUCUAGUAAAGAGGAAGUAAAUAGUGCACUGGAAGAGGUUCAACAGAAGAAGAAAGAAUUGGUGAUUGCCUCGGAAGCAGUGGAAAGUUUGUUGGAUGACAUUGAAAGAAUGGUAUGCGAAGCAGAAAGUAGAGUAAACAUGGAUGCAGUGCAAAGCAUCAGAAAUAUGGAAGAUGAUAGAGAGCGACUGUUAAGGCAAAUUAGAUCCAAGAAGAGCGAUCACGUGAGAGACCUCUUUACUGUUCUUGAACAAAUUGAUAAUGGAUUAAGAAGUGUCACAGAUCUAACUACACUCGCAAACAACCUGAUCGUACUCGGCCAAGCCACAGAUAUUCUUUUCUUUAAAAAUAGCAUAAUUACAUGUGCAAAUAAACUAUCUUCGUCGAUAAGCGUGCCCACAGUUCCUUCCAAUCUCGAUGACGUUGCUUUUCCAUUCGAGAUCUAUGAGCCUGGUAUGAAAGUAGACAAGGCCACACAAAUGUUACAGGAAGUGAGAAUAGCGACGGAGAAAAUAUCAAUUGGAACUUCCACACGCGAAAUGGAUGAUAUGAAUACAUCUAAAACCAACGAAGAAAAAGACAUUACCGAUAAAUUAACUGGUGAUCAAAAUAUAGAUAAAGGCAGAAAACUUAAAGAAGAGUUUAUCAUCAUUGAGGAUAACAUGUCCACCACAGUACGGCAGUCUGUGGUGGACAUUGUCAACAGAGCGUUUGGUGAGCAUGAUGAGCGUUCAGAUGAAGUCCUCUCAUCAGUUAAAGAUUCGUUGGAGCUUAAGUUUGGACCAACAUGGCACGUUGUAGCAGGAACCUUCUCUUGGAAUAUGGUGAGGUUGAAUUUGUCUUACGCAAUACUUAAGGCCGAUGAUCAAAAUAUUAUUAUCUUUUGCUCGGGUUCUGCGCAAGUAUCGAAACAAACUUUACAUCGCAAGGUUAUUGUCGUGGAAACGGACAUGAUUGAUACAAUGAAACGCGACAUGUUGCGGUUCUCUAAGCAAGCUAUGUCUAGAUACACUAACCGCUCUGAUAUUGCUAAGAACAUUGUGGAUGUUUUCAGCAGAAAACAUGGUGGAAAGUGGCAGUGUUUUAUAAUGGGUGAAGGUUCAAUGUUUGGUUUAACUAAACUGCCUACUGCUAAGAAUAGCUGUAUACAUAUCACAAUUGGGACAGAGAUUUUGGUGCUACUGAAGCUCUCUAGCAGAUAAUACUGUACUAUAUAGUCCUGUAUUGCACAGAUGGUGUAGAAUACUUAAAUUAAAGAAAAGGCUGAUGAUUAUCCAGCCCUGUUAUGAGAUAGAUCCAAUCAUGUUGGGUAUUUUAAUAGGAGUUGUUAGGUAAUUCUCACUGAUUAAUAUCAUAGGACUACUGUGAAUUUUAAAUUUUUUGUAUGUAAAAUAAUUUCAAAUGGAAGAACUUUUAUAAAAUAAAGUCUUAGAAGGAACUUUCUAAUGUUGUUGUUCUAACGUUAUUUUCUUUCAAGAAUCCGAUUCCCUUUUGAAAUGGCACUUUAGUUUAGCAACUACCCAGAUGGAGUGGUCAGAUGACUAUUAAACUUAACUGACAAUUUAUCGGUGUCAUAUGAUUCAAUUAGAAUAUUUAUUUGUAUAGCACAAUCUUUGAAUAGUUUUUUUUCUCUUUCGUAGGAUUCACGCCCACAUUUAUUUCUAAAAAAAUUUUGUGUACAGUACUUUCCAUUUCACCUUAAAUUUCACAGUACGAUAUAUAAUAAUGAUAAAAAUAAUGGCAGCAAUAAUUUGAUUCUUCCUUAUAACUAACCUUAAAACUAUAUUAGUACAGUAUACUGUAUUGCAAAAUACAAGUAUUUCGAAUAGCACUAAAAACUUAAAAUGUUCGAAAAAAAUUAGAUAAAUAAUAUUAAAAGCUAGUCCAAUAAAAUACAUUCUUCUUUAUAAAUCUAUCACUUUAAGUUGAGACCUUAAAACUAUAUUAGUACAGUAUACUGUAUUGCAAAAUACAAGUAUUUCGAAUAGCACUUUAAAAGUAUCAAAUUUUGUAGUGGAGCUGUAGCGUGGUGGUUAAGAUGCUUGCCUUCCAAUCCCAGAGUCCUGGGUUGAAACUCUGUGACAACACAGGAGUUUUUCUCAUGACCAAAAAACAUCUCCACUUACCAAACCUUAGUUUAUAAAGCAUCUUAUUAUUUCAUUUAUUUAUUAUCUGAGCGAAACUGGAAAUUUCACUCUCUACAACACAGGUCCCAAGUCUACUAGAACUUGCCGGAGUCUUUCGCAAACAAGUAAGAAUCUCCCGGAAAUAACCCAUCUCCCACAAAUUCAUAAUAUUUGCAUGUUUUAAAUAUUUUAUUGUCAAUUGUUUCAUGGAAGUCAGUGCCGAUGUGUAUCACUGUUUGCAGAAAUAUAUAAAAUUUAAUUUGUUAACACAUAAGCACUGCAGAUCAGUGGAGUAUUCAAAGGGAGGUCCGAAUUUUUCCAAAUUAAUAAAAAAAAAAAGAGGAAAAAGGAAAAUUGUAUUUUAAAAUAGAUGUCUGAAAGUGUCAUUUCCGGCAAUCUAGAGGUACCAUAAUCAUCUGUGAAAGUCCCUACCUCCCACCGACCCCUAUUUCGAAUUUCUGGAUCAGCCAACUUGGGACCCCUGCUAUAAACAAUGGCAUAAUAUGUUACUAACUUCCAACCAAAAAACAGAUCAAACAUGGAAUCUACUAUUGCAAAUGUAAUCAUUUUAAUAUAAUUUGAUGAAUCAUGAACAAUGAUAUCCAAAGUUAUGUCAUAUUUUAUCACUUAAUAACUACAUCAUAAUUAUUUAUAUCUCAUUUAUAAUUUAACAUUUCAUCUGUAAUACAUAGAAAGCAUACAUAGCAGUUGAAAGAGGUUGUAGCCUCUUUCAAAGACAAUUUAAAAAAUUCAAUUUGAUCUAUCCAAGUGUUAUUGACCUCCAUAAAACUUUCAUUCCACAUAAUAUUCCUCACCUAAUGCACUACCCAACACUCCAAUACUGUUCCCUUUUCUAUAUAUUCCCAUCCCACUAUCUUCCACUCCCCCACUCUAUUUACUCCCCUUUAUACUAGUCCCCUUCCCAUUCAUUUCCAAUACAUCUACUCCUUCCAUGAUACUCUAUACCUCCUCACUUUUAUCUAAUCCCCAACUUUUCAUUCUCAAAUGCUCUUAUCCUUCAUAUUUUCCCCCUCCCAAAUUCAUCUGCCACUUAUUAAUUAUAAAAGUAUCAAAUAUAACUAAUUAAUCACAUCAACAAUGUUCACUUCACAAUAUUUCACUAUAGAAAAACAUGAAAAUAAUU